AUGAAGCCCAUCUACAUCGCCAGCAUCCUCACCACCUGCACCCUCACCCACGCCCUUCCUCCCGCCCUCCUCCCCCGAGACUUCCAACCCCUCCCCGACGACCCAUCCAACGGCCCAACCAGCGUCGUAGACCUCCCCCACGACAUCUCCAAAAAGUGCGGCACCACAACCUACACCUACAAUGACAUAUACGACGCCGCCUCCUGGGGCAUGAAGCUCCAAGAAAAGGGCAUCGCCCGCGGCAAAAAGUCCAAGGAGUACCCCAACGGCCGCUUCCCGCACUCCUACACCGACACGAAGUUUGACUUUGGCAAGAAUUGUCCUGCUGACGACAACCGCCACGAGUAUCCUCUUGUGACGAAGGGUCCGUACAACGGGGGCCUGAAUAACAACAAGUGGGGGAAUGAUCGGGUUGUUUAUUAUCAUGAGCCCGGGGAGAUUGGUAACGAUGGCCAUCCGCUGGGGUAUUAUUGUGGUACUAUUACGCAUUCGGGGGCUCCUACGGGGCAGUUUGUGGAGUGUAAGUGA